AUGGGAAGCCACUUCCGUACUCCGCCAGCUAAGCGUUCCGCACCCGACCCGUUUCAUCCAAACGGACCUUCCAAACGCUCCAGGUCGUCCAGGCCACCUCCGCCGCCGCUCCCCGUGCCUCCCGGCCACACGGCGUUCCGCCUCCUCUGCAACGCCUCUCGAAUCGGCGGUGUCAUUGGCAAGUCCGGCUCCGUCAUCAAGCAACUCCAGCAAUCCACCGGCGCCAAGAUCCGAAUCGAGGACGCGUUGCCGGAGUCGCCAGACCGCGUCAUCCUGAUUAUUGCUGACGCCGCCCUCAGCGGCAAGGUUUUGCUGAAAAACGAUGAGGCCGUUGAGGUGUCGAAGGCGCAGGAAGCGCUGGUUAUGGUGUUCGAUAGGAUCUUGGAUGUGGCAGCGGAGACGGAAGGCGUCGACGUCGGGGACAGGCUGAUGUCUUGCCGGCUUGUGGCGGACUCGGCGCAAGCUGGCUCCGUCAUCGGUAAGGGCGGGAGAGUGGUCGAGAGGAUAAAAAAGAACACUGGAUGUAAAAUUAGGGUUUUAGCUGAUGAUUUGCCGCUUUGUGCCGCCGCUACGGAUGAAAUCAUUGAGGUAUUUUGCCUCCUGCUCCUCUUCAUUUUUGCACUUGUCCCUCGAACUUUUAGGUUGAGACCACUGAGGCCUUCAAUCACUACUGCCAGUGUUUAUUCUGCUGCGUUCUCCAGUAUCCAUAUCAGUUUUCAGGGUCAAGCGUUUCAUGUGGAGCUGGUAGAUAUGAGUAGUAGGGACAGUUUGAUAGAUUGUCGGAUAGUUGUUACCUAUGGAGCAAGUUUCACUGGUUCAGCACACACGAUAGAAGGCAGAGUGUCAUCUGUAAAGAAGGCACUUGUUGCAGUCUCCCAACGUCUUCAAGAUUGUCCUCCUGUUGAUAGAACAAAGGUAAUGGGAAGCAAACAUAAUGAAAUGGUUCAAUAUGAAGCAAUGGAUCCACUUCCCCGGGAGACUUUUACUGCAGUACCACAUGACACUGUAGAUCAUCUUUUGCGGAGGAGCUCUGCAAUGUCUACUUUAUCCAGUUGCCCUAACAGCUAUGCCACCAGAGUUCAUUCAUUCCCACCGGAAGUUGAUAGAAUCUCCUCCCUGGAACCAAAACAACUUCAGCAGGAAGUCACCUUCAGAAUACUUUGUUCAAAUGAUAGAGUUGGAGGAGUUAUUGGAAAGGGAGGCAAUAUUGUUAGAGCUCUUCAGAUUGAGACUGGGGCUACAAUAAGUAUUGGUCCUUCAGUAGCUGGAUGUGAGGAUCGAAUAAUUACUAUUACUGCUUCCGAGAAUCCUGAGUCAAGAUUUUCCCAAGCACAAAAGGCUGCUGUGCUUGUUUACUCCAGGUCCAUUGAAUCUGGUUAUGAGAAGGUGGAGAUAAGUAACAGGUCAAUUGUUACUGCACGUCUUGUAGUCCCAUCAAGCCAAGUUGGUUGUUUGAUAGGAAAAGGUGGAGUAAUAAUAUCAGAAAUGCGGAAGGCUACUGGUGCUAGCAUAAGAAUAAUUGGAACUGAUCAGGUGCCAAAAUGUGCAUCAGAUAAUGAUCAAGUUGUACAGAUAUCAGGAGAGUUUUCAAGUGUGCAAGAUGCAUUGUAUAAUGCAACUGGUAGACUGCGAGAUAAUCUUUUUGCCAGCACUGAGAAUAGUGCUGGAACAAGGAGUUUUUCUUCUAUGCAAGUCGAUAACAGUCCCUAUGGAAGACUGCAGGAUGUUGUUCCUCUUGGAAGCCAACUACCUGCAGCCAUUUCUCAUAGUCUGACUAGACAUACUUUUGCUCAUGGCAUUGAUCAUCUUGCUCUUUCUAGAAGUUUAGAUCGCCCUUCUUCCCCAGGUUUAUGGACUAGAAAUUUAGACCGUCCUUCUUCACCAAGACUAUGGGCUAGAAAUUUAGAUCGUCCUUCAUCACCAGGGUUAUGGACGCCACCGACAAUGGCUGGGAUAAAUUCAAGAGGAACUAAUGAUUUUAAUUGGGGAUUGACAUCUCGAAAAGGAAGCUUAGAACUUGUCAGUGGAAGUAAAUCUGCUAUCGUGACUAGUACCACAGUAGAAAUUGUGGUUCCUGAUGAUACUAUUGACUCUGUAUAUGGGGAAAAUGGUAGCAAUUUGGCUCGUCUGAGACAGAUAUCGGGUGCGAAGGUUGUUGUCCAUGAACCUCGUCCUGGAACAAGUGACAGGACUAUUGUCAUAUCCGGUUCUCCUGACGAAACCAAAGCAGCGCAGAGCCUUCUCCAAGCAUUUAUUCUUAGUGGCUCAUCAUGA